AAGGCUAGCUCAGUUCCCCUUCCUCGGCACAGGCUGCUGUCCAGAGCAGGCUGCCAGCACCAUGACCGUCUCCUACACCCUCAAAGUGGCGGAGGCCCGCUUCGGAGGCUUCUCUGGCCUGCUUCUCCGUUGGCGGGGAAGCAUCUACAAGCUCCUCUACAAGGAAUUCCUCCUCUUCAUCGCCCUGUAUGCUCUGCUCAGCGUCACCUACCGGUGCGAGGGCUGCUGCUGACCCAGGAGCAGAAGCACGUGUAUGCUCAGGUGGCCCGAUACUGCAACCGCUCUGCGGACCUCAUCCCCUUGUCCUUUGUACUGGGUUUCUACGUGACCAUGGUGGUGAACCGCUGGUGGGCCCAGUACACAAGCAUCCCGCUGCCGGACCAGCUGAUGUGCGUCAUCUCGGCCACCGUGCACGGCGUGGACCAGCGUGGCCGUCUGCUGCGCCGCACCCUCAUUCGCUACGCCAACCUAGCGUCGGUGCUGGUGCUGCGCUCUGUCAGCACGCGCGUGCUCAAGCGCUUUCCCACCAUGGAGCACGUGGUGGACGCAGGUUUCAUGUCCCAGGAAGAGAGGAAAAAGUUUGAGAGCCUGAAAUCUGACUUCAAUAAGUACUGGAUUCCUUGCGUCUGGUUCACCAAUCUGGCGGCCCAGGCCCGGAGGGACGGGCGAAUCCGUGAUGACAUUGCUCUCUGCCUGCUCCUGGAAGAGCUGAACAAGUACCGGGCCAAGUGCAGCAUGCUCUUCCACUAUGACUGGAUCAGCAUCCCCCUCGUCUACACCCAAGUGGUGACCAUAGCAGUAUACUCCUUCUUUGCCCUCUCCUUGGUGGGCCGCCAGUUCGUGGAGCCAGUGGCAGGUGCUGCCAAACCUCGGGAGCCUCUGGAACCAGGGCCAGCUGUAGGCGAUCUGGACAUGUAUGUGCCUCUCACCACUCUGCUGCAGUUCUUCUUCUAUGCUGGCUGGCUCAAGGUGGCAGAACAGAUCAUUAAUCCCUUUGGUGAGGAUGAUGACGACUUUGAAACCAACCAGCUUAUAGACCGCAACUUGCAGGUAUCCCUGCUCUCCGUGGAUGACAUGUACCAGAACCUGCCUCCCACGGAGAAGGACGCCUACUGGGAUGAGGACUCGGCGCAACCGCCCUACACAGUGGCCACGGUGGCCGAGUCGCUGCGGCCUUCCUUCCUGGGCUCCACCUUCAACCUGCGCAUGAGCGACGACCCUGAGCAGAGCCUGCAGGUGGAGGCGUCACCUGGGCCAGCCCGGCCUGUGACCGCGCAGACCCCACUGCUCGGCCGCUUCCUGGGCGUAGGCGCUCCCUCGCCAGCCAUCAGCCUUCGGAACUUCGGCCGCGUCCGCGCCCCCCGGACCCCGCAUCUGCUGCGCUUCCGGGUCGAAGAGGGCGGCGACGUCGAGGCAGCGGACCGCAUCGAGGAGGAGGCGUCAGGGUCUGGGGACGAGACCCAGGAGCCCUGAGCCAACGGGGCGGGGGGGGGGGGGGGGGGGGGCGUCCAGCUGCCUCCCCCAGGCCCGCCCCGGCCCACUUUGCGGGCCCUACGGAUUUAGAGCAGCAUUCCCGCGUGCCCUAAGCCCGGGCACCUAGGGACCGCCCCUGAUGGCAGAAGGGCCUGAAUCAGGGUAGGGGAUGCUUCCACGUUGGCUUGGAGGUGAAGCUAGGGCGCAAGGGCGAGGCACAGAGGACUAGAGCCCAGGUGCACGGUUUAUUUCCGCUGCGAUUUGGGGCUAGGCCAGUUCUUAAACUUGAGGGAGCAUCAGUUAUCACUGAAGGGCUGGUUAAAAAGUCUUGGGUACCACCCCCAGCAUUUGAUUCAAGUCUGGGAGAGAGGUUAAGAAUUUGCUAUUUCUAGUAGUUUUCCAGGGAAUGCUGCUGCUGCCCCCACGAUCACAUAAAAACAUGUUUAGGAUAUACCUUGUUCUGAUAACCUCACCCUGAAGAGGGGCCAAAGUGUGUACUGGGUACUUUAUCUGUUAUGUUCAAUUUGUUUACAAUGAGAAUGUAUUAUUAUUUGUGCAAUUAAAAUUGCUUAAAACUGAA